GUGCGCAACAAUGGCUACCGCGACCGCGAAGGGCAUGAGAAUAAGGCCGUCCAUCGAGGCGCUGGCAAUGGCGGACGUCGACUGCGCCUUCAACGAUGACGACGACGACGACCAAGACGCGCCGCCGCCGGAGCACCUGCGCGCCUUCGAGGCCUUCAUUGAGACGUGGGUGGUGCCGCUGGACAAGGUGCUGGCGUUCGAGCACGAGCAGAGCGCGAAAGCCCGGCGCCAAGGCCACCGGCGGGAGGACGACGUCAAGGAGAAGCUCGAGCUCUGGGCCAAAGCCGUGGCCGCCAAGGCGAGACGACAAUACAUCAUCAAACACGACAACCAGAAUGUCUGCGUGCACCAUGUCUAG